UUUGAAAUUUGCUGCCUGAGGGGAUCCCUUUUCUAAGGUAAGCCUCAUCCAGGUGUGUCCUAACAUGCGGCUGCUCCCUCUUAUUCUGUCUAAAGAGAUGUCAAGCUCAACUGAAACGGUACAGUUAUAUCUCUUGUAGCAAGGAUGCACUUUCAGAUUCUCCUGUGUUUUCUGUUCUUUAAGCUAAACAAAGGUGAUGAGAUGUGUGAACAUGAAGCCUGUUAUCAUUCCCUUGGAGAUCUGCUAAUAGGUCGCAGCAGUCAGCUAUCAGCAACUUCUACCUGUGGACUGAAUGAACCCCAGAAAUACUGCAUUAUAGGCUAUUUAGAGGAUGAACAAAAGUGCUUUACAUGUGAUUCAAGACAUCAUUAUCCCUACAGCCAAAUGAGUCAUCGCAUUGAAAAUGUCAUCACAACAUUUGAGCCAGACCGAAAAAAGAAGUGGUGGCAGUCAGAAAAUGGUGUUGAUGAAGUCAGCAUUCAGUUAGAUUUGGAAGCACUUUUUCAGUUCAGCCAUUUAAUACUAACAUUUAAGUCUUUCCGUCCGGCUGCAAUGUUGGUUGAAAGAUCCACAGACUCUGGAAAAACAUGGAAAGUUUUCAGAUAUUUUGCACAAGACUGCACCUCUGCUUUCCCUAAUAUUCCUGUUGGUCAAGCUCACAGAGUGGAGGAUGUUGUAUGUGAUCAAAGAUACUCAGAUGUAGAACCAUCUUCUGGAGGAGAGGUUGUAUUAAAGGCAUUGGAUCCUACCUUUGAGAUAAAAAAUCCUUAUAGUCCAAAUAUCCAAGAUAUCAUCACACUCACAAACUUACGAAUCAACUUUACAAAGCUGCAUACCCUUGGAGAUACCUUGCUUGGAAGAAGAACUAAUGAUCUGAUAGAAAAAUACUAUUAUGCAGUUUAUGAAAUGGUUGUCCGAGGCAGCUGCUAUUGCAAUGGACAUGCAAGUCAAUGUGUUCCAGUUGAGAGAAUUCGUGGAGAUAUUUUCAGUCAAGAAGGCAUGGUCCAUGGUAGGUGUGUUUGUCAACAUAAUACAGAUGGUGUAAACUGUGAGAAAUGUAAGGACUUCUACAAUGACGCUCCCUGGAGGCCUGCUGAAGGAACUAAUAUAAAUCCUUGUAAAGCAUGCAUGUGCAAUGGACACUCCAAUAAAUGCCAUUUUGAUAUGGCUGUGUUCCAGGCUAAUAAUGGGGUCAGCGGUGGUGUGUGUGAUGACUGCCAGCACAACACUAUGGGACAGUACUGUGAGCAGUGUAAGCCUUACUUCUACCAAGAUCCGCUGAGACAUAUUUCUGAUCCACAUGCAUGUAUCCCCUGUAACUGUGACCCAGAUGGGACACUCCAUGGUGGCAUCUGUGAGAGUCAAACUGAUCUAGAAUUACAGACUAUAGCUGGAAGAUGCCCAUGCAAAGAAAAUGUGGAAGGCUUAAGAUGUGAUCAUUGUAAGUCAGGAUACUUUGGAAUAAGUGAUAAUGAUCAUCUUGGCUGUCAGACCUGCAGAUGUAAUCAACUGGGAAGUCUGCCAUCCUCAACAUGCGACCCUGUUACUGGAGAGUGUUAUUGUCAACGGUUUGCCAGGGGACGUUUUUGUGAAGAAUGCCAUCCAGGGUACUGGGGACUUGGUCUUCAUCCCCAUGGUUGCCUUCCAUGCGACUGUGACAUUGGUGGUGCCUAUAAUGACUUGUGCUCCUCAGCAGAUGGCCAGUGUAAAUGCCUUCCAAACAUUAUCGGCAGACAGUGUAAUGAACCAUCACCGGGAUACUUCUUUGCACCACUCAAUUAUUACCUCUAUGAGGCUGAAGAGGCAAAACCACUUGGAGAUCAUGGUAAUAUUAUUGUUGAACCAACUCGUACUCCAGACUGCCAUGCAUACUUCCUGGAAAAGGGAUAUGAUUUUCAGAUGCAGGAUGGAAAGAUUGUAUUAAAACAGAUGGAAAAGCAGAGUGAAGUAGAAAAAAGACAGAUCCAGCAACAAAACACGCAAGUAGAGGUUGUUUACAGACAGCCCACUCCAGAGAAACCCAUCACAUGGACUGGACCAGGGUUUGCACGAGUACUUAAUGGCAUGGGCCUAAGAUUCAUAGUUAACAACAUCCCAUAUACCAUGGACUAUUUUGUUGCCAUUCGUUAUGAGCCUGAGUCAACUGAUGAUUGGUUGGCCAGCAUAGUAGUCAACCAAGAAGGCAGCCCAAAAAGUGAACGCUGCAUAAGUAAUUACAUCUUACCAGAAACUCACCGACUCGACCUUCCAGCUUCAGCAAGGUUGGCAAUUCUGAAAACACCUGUGUGUUUGGAACCAGAGGUUCAGUAUUUUAUAGAUAUUACAUUCACUCAGUCUUCUGGCUCUACCCAUCGGCCUGAUUCUUACAUCCUUGUUGACUCAAUUGGUUUAAUUCCAAAGAUAGAUUCCCUUGAAAAUUUCUGUAAAGAAUCUGACCAUGAGGCACUGCUGAAGUAUCAGUGCAUUGAGGCUGGAUCAGAAGUCGGUGUUUACAUUUUGCCGGAUACAUGCAAGCGAUUGAUAGCAAGCAUGUCAGCUCGAAUCCAUAAUGGGGCAGUGCCAUGUCGAUGCAAUCUUAUGGGUUCUCUUAGCCCUUCCUGCAAUAAAUUUGGAGGGCAGUGCCCAUGCAAAGCAAAUGUAGUUGGAAGAUGUUGUGAUACUUGUGCAGUGGGGAGCUAUGGCUUUGGACCAGCUGGCUGUUUCUCAUGUGAAUGUGACCCUCGAGGUUCUUUCAGUACAAUAUGUGAUCAAGUUACUGGACAGUGUGCCUGCCGGGCAGAGGUUCAUGGUCGUCGCUGCGAUCAGUGUCAGCCUGGAUACUUUGGAUUCCCCAACUGCCAACCUUGCCAGUGUAACAGCUUUGCAGAUCUUUGUGAUCAACAAACUGGGAUAUGUCUGAACUGCAGAGCACACACAACUGGAAUUAAUUGUGAAAGGUGUGAAAGUGGUUAUUAUGGAGAUCCCCUUUCAGGACAAACUUGCCAGCCAUGUCUAUGUCCGGAUACCCCAACAAGUGGUCGAUAUUUUGCAAGUUCUUGCUAUCAGGAAGACACUAAUAGCUUGGAAGUGUUCUGCAUCUGUCUUCAGGGUUAUACAGGGAAACACUGUGAUGAAUGUCCCUCUGGUCAUUAUGGUGUUCUGAAACAGGUAGGGGAUCAGUGUUUACCGUGCCCAUGCAACAAUAACAUAGAUAUCAGUGAUCCAGAGUCCUGUGACAGAGUUACUGGAGAGUGCCUAAAAUGUCUGUACAACACACAUGGACCCAACUGUCAGUCCUGCACGCCAGGAUAUUACAGAUCAGCACAUGGAAAGGGCUGUACAAAAUGUGCCUGCAACAUGCUAGGAACAAACAGAAGAAUGUGUCAGUCCCAUAAUGGAGAGUGCGUUUGUGACCCAGAAACUGGCCAGUGCCCUUGCGUACCUAAUGUAAUAGGCACCAUCUGUGAUCAGUGUGACUUUGGGUACUGGAAUAUGAACAGCAGGAAUGGAUGCCAAAAGUGUGCUUGUAAUCCCAAAAAUUCAUUGGGCAACCAAUGCAACCAGUUGACUGGACAGUGCCCAUGUAAAGUUGGUUAUGGUGGAAAAACUUGUGAGGAAUGUCAAGAUGGCUUCUAUGGAAACCCACAUCUGCAGUGUAAUUCCUGCAACUGUAAUUUGCAAGGAACACUAAGACCUACCUGUGACAAAAUUACUGGAGCUUGCAUCUGCAAAUCUGGGGUUACUGGAGAGUUCUGUAAUCAGUGUGCAAGGGAGUUCUAUCAAGAAUUUCCUAAAUGUGAACUGUGUCAUCCAUGUUUUGAUAAGUGGGACAAAGAAAUAUCUUCCAUUUCUCGUGCAAUAAAUUGGCUGAUUAAUGCAUCCUCAGAACUGAAACAACAACAGCUGAAACCAGAACAAGAGAAAAGGUUAAAGGAACUUGAGGACAAACUGAAUGAAAUAAACACAAUUUGCACUGGUCCCAUUCUUUCCACUGGAUUUAAGGAACUCCAGCAAUUCCUAGACAGAAUAAGACAACUUGCAAAACAACUGGAUCAGAAUAUAACCCUGGUGGAUAAUAUACCUGCCCUCAAGGAAACCAUUGAAGAGAUAAAGAAAGAAGCGGAGACAUUUUACAGUGAUAUACAGAAAAAGUUUAACUUUACUACAAUUACCAACAGUACUGCUAUAAAUGAGGCUUAUAAAGCUAUACUGAGACAUUACAAGGAGUCAGGAGAUGCUCAAAAGAAAGUCAGUGAUUCUGACCCAAUUUUGAUAUUUUCAAAGAAUACAAGAAAUAAAACAUCUGUUCUACUGAGAAAUGCCUCACAAGAAGCGGGCAGUUACCAAGAGCUGCUAAAGAAGACUGAAUCUCUGGAUAUCAACUACCUGAACAGCAAAAUUUGUGGAGCACCAGGAAACCUAUCAUGUCAUCAAGCAGCCUGUGGCGGUGCCCUGUGUCGGGAUGAUGAUGGAAACAGAAUGUGUGGUGGCCCAAACUGCAAUGGCAUUUCAUCACUUGCAGACAAAGCAUUCAGUAUGGCAAACAAUUCAAACAUGUUGGUCAGCAAUUUAUUAACACAGCUGUACGAUUCUGAGAAACAGACUGACAACAUAAGGCAGAUGGCAAAAGACUCCAAUGUCAAGGCUUCACAGUUAGUGGAAAAGCUAACACAAGCAAAAGCACAUUUUGAGGAUGAAAUGGAACAACUCAAAGACCUUAUCAGGAAAGUGAAAAACUUUCUAACAGGUGCAACACCAGAUUCACCCAUUUCAAAUGAGACUAAAGGAGGUGGAAAUAAUUCAAGGCCGUCUUGCUGCACUCCAGAUUACCAAGAGGGUGCAAGUCCAGAAGAUAUCGAAAAGGUUGCAAAUUAUGUCUUGUCAAUUAACUUGCCUGUGACAAAUAAGACUAUAAAUGACAUGUCAAAGGAGAUACAACAGUUACAUAAUAAUCUGGAUGGUUAUGCUAAAGAUAUAGACAAUCUGAAAACACAGUCUUCAAAAAUAAAGAAGCUUUUGGAGAAAGCCAAAGAAGCUGAAAAAAGAGCAAAAAAUCUCCCUGAUGUUCAAGAACUAAAGGAUAAUCUGAAAAAGGCUAAUGAGAGUCAACAGAGAGUUACAGAAGCUCUGAUGAAGGCAACUGAUGACCUGAAGACUGCUACUGCCAGUGUUUCAGAGAGCCAAGAAAAGCUAAACGAAACAGGAACUAUAUUGGAUAAUUUAAUGGACAGUCUCCCUCGCUUGAUUCAAGAAAUUAACAAGCUGCAAGAAAAGACAACACGUAACCGAGAGUUAGCUGAGAAUGCAACAAUACAAGCAAAUGCAUCAAUGCAACUGGCAAACGAAACUGACAAAGAAUUUCAGACUCUAGAAGACCAAUUCAAUAUUCUGUUAAAAAAGUUGAACCGAAGUCAAAUACCAAAAGAAGUACUAGAAAGAAUACAGCUGUUAAAAAAUGAAACUGAGCAACUGACAAAAGGGGUUGAAGAAAAGAACAGAAGACUUACAGCUCUGGAAAACAGAAUUGAUGUUCUGAAUAAAAUGAAAGAAGAAAAAAAGAAUUUGUUGAAAGAACUAGAACAGCAAGUAAUUAACAUUACACAAUAUAUUGACGAACAGCAAGCCCGGUAUUCAACAUGUACCUAAAAGUAAUGCUCAUUGUGAAAUUCCCUGUUUCAACAUUACUUUUUUUAUUCACAUAGUAGUGAGCAUUUAACUAGUGACUCCCUUGGUUCUUACUAAAUGAAAAAGUAUGAUAUAGACACAAAGAGAAAGAAUAAGCUUAGUGCACCAAGCAACUUGAAUUUGAUUUUUAGAACCUCUACAACUACACGGUAUGAGUGUUUGCAAGUGAAAUAUGCAAUCCAGAACUUCAGAUUUACUUUUGUAACGUUAUCCUAUCCAGUCUUCUGUCCUUGAAUAUAAAUAAGUAGACCAGAAUCCCUCUGCUGAACUGAGUUACACUAACUGCAAAAUGCAUCCUGAUUGAUCAGGAUAAGAAAAAUAUGGCAUUUUCUGUUUUGUUAUACAGCACAAAUGUCACAUGUGAAAUUAUAAUAUUUAAGUGCAGUUAUACCUUCAAUGUUUUUCAUGGCAAUUGUUGAAUAACUUUUAAUGCAUUUAUGCUUGCUUGCAGUCUUAAAUUAAUGUAUGGAUUUAUGUUUUACAGUUUAUCAAAGUUUUUAAAUUGUAUAUACAUCAAGAUAUAAUUAAAAACUUUUAUAAAAAAAUACAACUUGCUGAAUCUGUGUGUUCUGUUGUUAAAUGGUUAUACACUCAAGGGAAGGUGCUGUCCAAGCUUACAGUAAGUAGUAAGUGGUUGACCCACAGUUCAAAAAGAAGACUUUCACGUGUCAUUAUGCUGAGGAUGCAGAUGAGGAACUGUGCACAUUUUCAUGGGUACACCUUUCCCAGCAGAUUCCAGAAGAAUCAGUAUAAGCACAACAUGAAACAAUGAGGCAUCCUUAUAAAUCCAAGUGUGCUCCUAUUGGAAGCCCACAUUGCUUCCAGUCCUGAAAGCCCAGAAUUCUAGCAAAUGUCCAGCUCUAUGGUAAGACAGGUACAGAAAGUAUGAAUAUUAAACUGUAGGUAAUAUUUUGUGUUUAAGUAUGGUUGUAAGUGGUAGAGAAAAGGUCAUAUUAUUAUCAACUAACACUAAGUAUCCUGCUAUUAAAAAGCAGUCAAGUUUGCUUUACUGUUCCAUUGUUGACUUAGCUGGGUACUUGUCAUUUAUUCAGUAAUCUUUAUAUAUAUAUAUAUAUAUAUAUAUAUAUA